AUGGGCAGCGCCUCCAAGCUGCUGUCCUCCCUCUUGCUCACCUCCUCCCCGCUCCGUCUCCGGCCCUCCGCCGCCGCCUCACCCCUCCCCUACAGCUCCAGCUCCGCCUCGUCAGCCCCACCGCUCCACGCCCCUUUCCCGGAAUGGUCCCGCCUGGUCGACCGCCUCGCGGCCGCCGGCUACGCCGCCCGCGCCCCCUCCCCCGCCGAUGAGCUCGCCGUCGCCUCCGGCAGCGGCCUGUCGGCCGAGGCGGAGUCCGCUGUGUCCUCCUGCCUGGCCUUCGCGCGCGACCGGCCCGACCUUCUCAGGUCGCUGCCAACGAUGGAUGUCGAGGUUGUGGUGUCUAACGUUGCACCGGCCCUGUUCAAGGGAGGUGAGGAAUCUGCGCAGCGGCUGCAGCAAUACCUUGCGGGUGAAGAGGACAAUGCAAUUCAAUCAGGCAGAGCGGAAACUGUGGACAUUGUUCGGUACUUGUUAAGUUACACAUACAGUUCGUCAAACAACUAUUUAGAAGACAAAGAACUCACUGAUUCAGCUGUCAGAAAUAUCUUGGCUGAGCUAGUUAAUUCUAGUGGACUUGCCCACACCUCCAGUUUCGUGGAGUCAACAGUUGAGAGUCAACCUGAGCGAUUCUCUAGGCAUCCAGGGCAAAAUGUUGAGAUGAAACGUGGUGACUGGAUUUGCACAAGAUGUAGCUUUAUGAACUUUGCAAGAAAUGCGAGGUGCCUUGAGUGCAAUGAGCAUCGGCCAAAGAAGAUGUUGACUGGCGGAGAGUGGGAAUGCCCUCAAUGUGCUUGCAAAAGACCAGCGACAACUGCAUCUGCUGGUACUGGUUUAGGCGGUGUAGCAGAGCUUCUUAGUGGAACUAAUGCUGGUAGAUCUGAAAUUGAGAGAAAACUCGCUGAAAGCGAUGAGAAGGCAGAAAGGUGGUUGAGCAAAGUAUCUCAACUUGACGAUUCUGCUGAUUUAAGUAGUCUGGCAACUGAUGAGGAUUUUCCUGAGAUUAUGCCUAUGAGGAAGGGAGUCAAUAAAUUUGUAGUUAGCACACGGAAGACACCAUUGGAGAGAAGAUUGGCAAGUGCACAGUACAGCAGUAACAAUAGCCCUCAAGCAACAGCAUCCGACUCCAAGAUUAGUCAAACUUUAGACAGGAUACUUGGGCGUUCGGCAUCUACUUCUGCCCCAAACAAUCAGUCUGAUAAUGGGGGUGUAAAUGCUGAGACUCCCAGGAAAUUAACAGGCCAUCUUGGUGAUAUCGACCCCGUUCCUUUUGUGCCAUUAUCUGCUGAUCUGUUUACCAAGCCACAGAAUGCAAAGAGUAAUGAACAGGCAGAUAGGGACUGUCAAAUAAAUAAGGAAACUGGUAGUUCCACACCCGAUAUCCCACAGGCCUCAACUGAGAGGAAAGAUGUUGAUAAAUCAUUAGAUACUGCUGAGAAAUGGUCCAAGAAAGUCGCAGAACUCGACAGUGUAAAUGACCUUUCAAGUGCUAUUUCUGAUGAAGACUUUCCUGAUAUUAUGCCAAUGAGGAAGGGUGAGAACCGGUUUGUUAUUAGUAAGAAAAAAGACCGCUCGCUGACAUCACCACAGUACCAGAGGCGCAGUGUGCUUGAGCAGGCUAACAAUUCCGAUUUCGUCCCAUUUGUUCCGUUUCCUCCUGAUUAUUUUGCCAAGAAAGAUGCGCCAUCGGAGAGUACUCCAGAUACGGGAAUAGUUUCAGAAAGUUCUCCAUCAGCUGAUAAGCUGCCAGAAACAAAUGCUCCAUCAAGACAUUUGGGAAAUAACCCAAACACCUCACAGGUGAUUGGCCCUCAGGGAAGUAGCAUCACGAGUAAUGAGAACUGGAAUAGGAAUUACUCUCAGCAGAGCUCGAGUCCAGGUAGUUAUACACGUGGUGGAAGCAGCAGCCAGCAGUAUCAACAGCAACCUUAUGAAAUGGGUGAUCGAUCUACUGGUACACCAAAUUCAGGCGCCUGGAACCCAAACUACUCCCAGGGGACGUCUACUGAUGUCAGAGGAGGAUCUAGCAACUAUCAGCGUCAACAGCAACCCCAUGAGGGCGGUGAUCGAUCUCGUGAAACUUCAAAUACUGGUGCUUUGAACACAAACCACUCCCCGGGGAGGUUUAAUGAUGUCAGAGGUGGAUCUAGCAACUAUCAGCAUCAACAGCAACCUCAUGAGGCGGGUGGUCGAUCUAGUGGAACUUCGAAUACUGGUGCUUGGAACACAAACUACUCCCAGUCCCACGGGAGGUUUAAUGAUGGCAGAGGUGGAUCUAACAACUAUCAUCAUCAACAGCAACCUCAUGAGGUGGGUGAUCGAUCUAGUGGAACUUCAAAUACUGGUGCUUGGAACACAAACUACUCCCAGUCCCAGGGGAGGUUUAAUGAUGGCAGGGGUGGAUCUAGCAACUAUCAGUAUCAGACACAACCUCAUCAGGCGGGUGGUCCAUCCAGUGGCUCUUCGAACACUCUGAACACAAACUACUCUCAGGGGAGCUUCAACGAGGGUCGAGAUACAUCUACCUACAAUCAGGGAAGCUAUCCCACACAACCGUCUUAUACGCCUGGCUAUAGUGAUCACAGCAACAGCAAUGCUUGGAGCAGCAACAACAACCAAAAUUGGAGUGGUUCACAUCCUGAUAGUAGGGUUUCUACUACUGGCAUUGGUUCCACUAACCCUAAUCAAGCAACAGGCUACUCAAGCUACGGAGGUGGAGGUUAUACUGGAAAGAGCUUAGAAGGCUCUGCUGUGAAGGACCCUGAUCCUCUGGACAUGUCCGAGGAAGCCAAGGCCGAGAGAUGGUUCAGGAGGGCAGCCCAGAUCAAGGACAUCUCCGAGCUCGCCAACAUUCCCGACGAGGACUUCCCUGAGAUAAUGCCGAUGAGGAAGGGUGUGAACAGAUUCGUGGUGAGCAAGAGAAAGACGCCGUUGGAGAGGAGGUUAACCUCUCCUCAGUACAGAAGGAACCUACCGGUUAUGUCGAUCAUAGCUUGGCAGGAGGACCCUCUGAUUUCUGGGUUUUUUUUUACACGAGGAGGCGUGGCCCAGAAAAGACAUAGCACGGGAAAUGAGAAAGCCUACAAGACCAAAAACCCGGUCGAGCAACAGUGGGCUCCGACCAGCAAACCCUACUCGAACGGCCCAUUAGCCCAACAACCCCACGCUCACCCCACCCCUCGCGAGGUAGGAGCUUGUGAAAGUUCUAAGGCUGAGAAGAUGGUUCUGAAGACCGAGCUCUGCCGUUUUAGCGGCCAGAAGAUUUACCCAGGGAAGGGUAUCAGGUUCAUUCGUUCGGAUUCGCAGGUUUUCCUCUUUGCCAACUCAAAAUGCAAGCGCUACUUCCACAACCGCCUCAAGCCUGCAAAGCUUUGCUGGACAGCAAUGUACAGGAAGCAGCACAAGAAGGACAUCCAUGCUGAGGCUGCCAAGAAGAGGCGCCGCACCACCAAGAAGCCGUACUCACGGUCGAUUGUUGGUGCCACUCUGGAAGUUAUCCAGAAGAAGAGGGCUGAGAAGCCUGAAGUCCGUGAUGCUGCCCGAGAAGCCGCUCUCCGUGAGAUCAAGGAGCGGAUCAAGAAGACCAAGGAUGAGAAGAAGGCCAAGAAGGCAGAGGUGACCAAGUCCCAGAAGUCACAGGGGGGCAAGGGCGCCGUGCAGAAGGGUUCCAAGGGCCCAAAGAUUGGCGGUGUUGCUGGUGCCGACGAGAGCUUAUGGGGUCCAAGCUGUCAGUGCGGUUACGAUCUGGUGUUGCAUCUUGGCAUGGCGGUGGCGAUGCUCUUGGAGUGCGGCGGUGAUGACUGGUGCGGAUUUGAGGAAGAUGGUGGAGAAUACGACCACCUAUUGAAGGGCGGGUUGGCGUUGACCCUGAAGCCGGCGUUGAAGAGGCUUGGACUCGUUCCUUAUCGGGCUAGAUCCAGAAGCCGGUGUUGA